CCCGCCGCCCAGCCCGGUGCAGCGGCGCGCUCGGACCUCGCGUGCGUGCUCGGGAUGGCCGGCUACCUGCGGGCCGCGCGCUCGCUCUGCAGAGCCCCGGGCUCGGCGCGGACCUGGGCCCCGGCCGCCCUGACCGUCCCCAGCCGGCCGGAGCAGCCGCGGCGCCACUAUGCUGACAAGAGGAUCAAGGUGGAGAAGCCCGUGGUGGAGAUGGACGGCGAUGAGAUGACCCGCAUCAUUUGGCAGUUCAUCAAGGAGAAGCUCAUCCUGCCUCACGUGGAUGUCCAGCUCAAAUAUUUUGACCUCGGGCUCCCAAACCGUGACCAGACCAAUGACCAGGUCACCAUUGACUCUGCACUGGCCACCCAGAAGUACAGCGUGGCUGUCAAGUGCGCCACAAUCACCCCUGACGAAGCCAGGGUGGAAGAGUUCAAGCUGAAGAAGAUGUGGAAGAGCCCUAACGGAACCAUCCGGAACAUCCUUGGGGGAACCGUCUUCAGAGAGCCAAUCAUCUGCAAAAACAUCCCUCGCCUCGUCCCUGGCUGGACCAAGCCCAUCACUAUUGGCAGACAUGCCCACGGUGACCAGUACAAGGCCACAGACUUCGUGGUAGAUCGAACUGGCACGUUCAAGAUUGUCUUCACGCCGAAGGACGGCAGCGGCGGCAAGGAAUGGGAGGUGUUCAACUUCCCCGCCGGCGGCGUGGGCAUGGGGAUGUACAACACGGAUGAGUCCAUCUCGGGCUUCGCGCACAGCUGUUUCCAGUACGCUCUCCAGAAGAAGUGGCCUCUGUACUUGAGCACCAAGAACACCAUCCUGAAGGCCUACGACGGGCGUUUCAAGGACAUCUUCCAGGAGAUCUUUGACAAGCACUAUAAGACUGACUUUGAUAAGAACAAGAUCUGGUACGAGCACCGGCUCAUCGACGACAUGGUGGCGCAGGUGCUCAAGUCCUCGGGCGGCUUUGUGUGGGCCUGCAAGAACUACGAUGGGGACGUGCAGUCUGACAUCCUGGCCCAAGGCUUUGGCUCCCUUGGCCUGAUGACGUCUGUGCUGGUCUGCCCUGACGGAAAGACAAUCGAGGCCGAGGCUGCUCACGGGACAGUCACGCGCCAUUACCGAGAGCACCAGAAGGGCCGGCCCACCAGUACCAACCCUAUCGCCAGCAUCUUUGCCUGGACGCGGGGUCUAGAGCACCGAGGGAAGCUGGAUGGGAACCAGGACCUCAUCCGGUUUGCACAGACUCUGGAGAAGGUGUGCGUUGAGACUGUGGAGGGUGGAGCUAUGACCAAGGACCUGGCCGGCUGCAUCCAUGGCCUCAGCAAUGUGAAGCUGAAUGAGCACUUCCUGAACACCACAGACUUCCUGGACACCAUUAAGAGCAACCUGGACAGAGCUCUGGGCAAGCAGUAGGGGCGGACGGCACCCAGCAAACAGCGGUGCUCUGUACAUGGUAGAGGGUGGCCCUCUCGGACCCUCUCUCUGGUGGCCUUUCUAGGGGACAUUUUUUUAUGAUGGAGAUUUUUUUUUUUUUUAAAGUAUGUGAGUGUUCUCCCUCAUGGUGGAUGUGAGGCAGAAACGGUGAGCUUACCUCAGCCAGUCA